UGCUGUCGCUCCCUGCCUGUGUGUGUACGCGCGGUGGACUGGUCCAGCAUCCCUGCGCAGGCAAUGGGGCAAAUAUAGAUGUGCAAAAAAUAUACAUAUAUCUAUCAAUUGAAAAUAUGUAAUCGUGGAAUACUUCUUCGGCGCUGGCAGCUUGCGAUGAGGGAAAGGGGGGGAAUGGGAGAUUGGAAUUUGUGCUGCACCUCUGUGGAGGAUGGAGAUAUGUAUUGUGAGAAGUAAUGCGGAAUAUUUCCCCUCGUAGGUGUUAACACAGAAAAUACAAGAUGAAGAAGCAAUUCAAUCGGAUGCGACAGCUCGCCAACCAAACGGUGGGAAGGGCAGAAAAAACAGAGGUGUUGAGCGAAGACCUUCUACAGGUGGAGAAACGCCUAGAUCUGGUCAAGCAAGUGUCACACAGCACUCACAAAAAACUGAAUGCCUGCCUGCAGGGUCAGCAGGGGACUGAUAUGGAGAAGAGAUCUGUAAAGUCACCUUCUAAAAAAUUACCGCUUACCAUCCUGGCACAAUGCAUGGAAGAAGGGGCUGCAGUGUUGGGGGAAGACUCUCUCCUGGGAAAAAUGCUGAAGCUCUGUGGGGAGACAGAGGAGAAGCUGGCCCAGGAACUCAUUCAGUUUGAGUACCAGAUAGAGAGAGAUGUGGUGGAGCCUCUUUAUGUACUUGCGGAGGUGGACAUUCCUAAUAUCCAGAAACAGAGGAAGCACUUAGCUAAACUUGUCCUGGACAUGGACUCAGCACGAACAAGAUAUCAACAGUCAUCCAAGUCAUCCAGUCACCCCAGCACUCUGCAGCCCGGUGCCAAGUCUGAGUCCCUAAGAGAGGAGAUGGAGGAGACAGCCAAUCGGAUGGAGAUUUGCAGAGAUCAGUUGUCAGCAGAUAUGUACAAUUUCAUGGCCAAAGAAAUAGACUAUGCAAACUACUUCCAGACGCUGAUAGAAACGCAGGCAGAAUAUCACAGGAAGUCAUUAGAGAUUCUUCAUAGUGUCCUACCCCAGAUUAAAGCUCACCAAGAGGCGUGGGUGGAGAAGCCGUCGUUUGGCAAGUCCCUGGAGGAACACCUGAGUAUAAGUGGGAGAGAGAUUGCCUUCCCCAUCGAAGCCUGUGUCACCAUGUUGCUAGAGUGCGGCAUGCAAGAGGAGGGCCUCUUUAGAGUGGCUCCAUCAGCCUCCAAGCUCAAGAAGCUGAAAGCGUCUCUGGACUGUGGAGUUCUUGAUGUGCAGGAGUACUCCUCCGAUCCACAUGCCAUCGCAGGGGCCCUGAAAUCAUACCUUCGUGAGCUCCCAGAUCCACUGAUGACCACUGAACUUUAUGAUGAAUGGAUUCAAGCCUCCAACAUUCAAGACAUGGACAAGAGACUACAGGCGCUGAUGGCAACAUGUGAAAAACUCCCCACAGACAACUUAAACAAUUUCAGAUAUUUGAUCAAAUUCUUAGCCAAGCUGAGUGAGUAUCAGGAUGCUAACAAGAUGACUCCUGGUAACAUGGCUAUUGUCCUUGGACCAAACUUGCUCUGGACACACAAUGAACCGAACAUGACAGAGAUGAUGACGACCGUGUCCCUACAGAUUGUUGGCAUCAUCGAACCCAUCAUCCAGCAUGCUGACUGGUUCUUCCCUGGAGAGAUUGAGUUCAACUUGACAGGCAGCUAUGGAAGCCCGAUCCACACCAACCACAACUCCAACUACAGCUCUAUGCCCUCACCAGACAUGGACCAAUCCGAUCGCAAGCAGCAGCACGAUCAGAGCCGACGCCCACUGAGUGUCGCCACUGACAACAUGAUGCUGGAGUUUUACAAGAAAGAUGGGUAUGAUGCCAGCAUUAGGAAGAUACAAAGUAUGGGCGUCAGGGUUAUGGAUACCUCCUGGGUGUCUCGUAAGGGUUCAUCCACCCUGGCGCGUAAGGCUUCCUCCACUCCUCCAGGAAUGCAAGGCCCCGGCUCCCCUGCAGACACACUCAUCCCCGAGCAGCCCGGAGAGCUUGCCAUCUCUCCGUCUGCCACACCUCCACUUGGAGAAAGGGUUUGUUCAUUGAAGAGUAAAGAGCUUUCCCCUGUAAUUGGACACAAAGCCAUCCAGGUCGCAGGUCCGACAGUACCCCCAAGCAGUAGUCCUCAAAGCAGCAGCCAGUCUCCCCACUCCACAGAGCACAGUCCACACACCCUGCGCAAAGGCUCCAAGAAGUUGGCUCCCGUGCCUCCUAAGGUCCCAUACGGCCAGUCUGGAGGGAUGUCUGACCAGUCCACAGGUCAGCCGUCACCAGUCAGCCUGUCCCCUACACCUCCUAGCACCCCUUCCCCUUAUGGACUGGCAUGUCCUCCAGGUCAAGUACCACCGUCCUCCCCUGGGCAGACCCCACUGGGUACACCCCACUCUCUUUCGUCCCCGCCUUCCCUGACGGGGACACUCACCAAGUCGCGGCCUGCCCCUAAGCCCAGGCAGAGACCCAGCCUGCCCCCUCCUCAGCCACCUAUAGCCCCUCCGGGGCUAACUGGCCCACCUGUGGCCCCAGUUCCUCAGCCCAUGGAGCAGGGCCUCCUGGAUGGACUGUCUCCUGGGGAGAGCAUGUCUACAGAUAUCUUCAAUUAUGAAAUCCCCUCCAUCAAUGUCAAUCUGGACAGCCUCAUCGAUGAGUUCAGCGGUGCCCCCUGCAGGAGGUCCAUGGCAGUGACAGAUCCAGAGGGGGAUGGUGUGCCUGAGGAGGAGCCCCAGAGCACCACUCUAUGACCUAUCACCCAUAGGCAUCAUUUUCCAGAACCCCUAUGGCUGUACAUACUCUUUAACUGUCUCCGCCAAGGCCCGAUGGAAACACACUGGCCGCACCAGUGCCAACCAGAAAAUGAACCCUCCCUCACAUCUGCUACAGGCUGCAAACAAACUGAACUUUUCCAACUGCUUGCUAGUAAAUUAGUGUGACUACUACUACCAAAAGAAAAAAAAAAAACACACCAAAAUGCCAUAGUGGAGGAACAGUUGCCUUUAGGAGGAAAGACUGGAAUUUAGAUGAGUAUUGCAUUAAGAAGAUUUUUUUUUUCUAAUUUCUUUUUAUAGCUUUGCUUUGUCGUUUAAUGCAGUGGUCUGUAUUUCUGUGUUUUCAAUUUUCUUUUUGCCUUAUUAGAACAUGCAAUCAAAUUGCAAUAUGAUAUUUGCAAGUUGUACAAUAUUCGGUUAGGGAAACUCAGAGCCUGACAUGGUUUGGAGCAAAGCCCAUCCUCAGGGUGAAACGGAAACACGGAGCGAGAGCGUAGUCUGGUUUUAUUGCUCACAGGGUAUUCAAGCUUUGUGCACAUUAGGAAUAUGCGGAGCCCCGGAGACAGGCUUUGCAUGCCAGAGUAACAUUUAACGUUGUUUUUCUUAGUGCCACUCCCCAUUUAAAAUUCCCCUCUUCUGUCGCAAGUACAGCUGCAGUUCUCUGUCUGAAAUUUACCUUUAGGUGAACUCACUUUAACUCACUUUAUACCAGCACAGUAAGAGAAGAAUGUUAUUGUAAUUCAACUUUUUGUACUUCUUGCAUCCAUUAUUUAUUUAGGAAGAAAGCACCACGACGUGUUUGCAUGACAAGCCAAUAUCGAUCGACCUGCUUCUUACCAAGGGCCUGAGAAUGGCAGUGCUUUAUUUUGUGCGAGUGUUACUGUUGUUGUUCACACCGAAAAGUAACUUUAGAUCCCACCCCAGUGCUGUAACAGUGAGUGAUAACGGAUGGAUGACUACACUGCCUUUAGGUUCGUAUGUCUUUCUCUUUUAACUUUGUUUCAAGUGCUUCAGGUUCAGUGACCUUUGACCCCUUGUGUAAAUACAAAGACUGUACAUAAACUGAUGUAUAUAAGCUGAGAGGAAAACUAUAUGUAAAAUGCAUAUCUUGAAUAUAUAAUAAUGAUAUAUGUGCUGAUAUUUAUUGUGUAGAAAAUGUAAUGAUUAAAAAUUUGAUGUUAUUUUUGUCCCAACACACAAUGAACAGGUUUACUGUAGAGUCCUAAUUUUUUCACUUUAACACCAGGUAACUAUGAUGCUGCAGCAGAAAUGCAGAAUGUUUUUUUCUGCUUAAAGAAAAAAAAAUCAAUCGUGGUCUUUCUAAUUCUUCCUCCUAAGCUUUGACUUCAGGCAUGCUAAAGGACGAAGGAGUUGCACACAGAUGCCAUCUUCUCUUCUGUUUUUGUUCGAGUAAAUGAUUUGUUUGCACGGGCCAUUUAAUGAAUUCAUAAUGAGGACACAUUUAUCCCCUAAACUGCUGUUGUUAGUAGUAAAAUCGGCACACGUUCAAACUUGAAAUAAUUGCCCUUUUCUGUUAUUUUUAGACAAUUAAUGAUACAAAUGUAUCUUGUAACAGAUGCUGCAGUGGUAGUAUUAUUCCCUUCAAAGAUUCCAAGGACAAUAACUUUGCCAGUUAAAGUGCAAUUACAGUGUUUACUCAUCCACGAGAGUCCAAAAAGUGGUCAAAGUCACCCUUCCCAAACCUGCAGAAAUAAGCCAUUAAUUUCAUUUGAAAGCCUUUUUGAUUAUUAUAAUUAUUAUUUUAUGUGUGAAUUAAUCUCUGCCAAAAUAAUUUCUAGAUUAUUCUCUCUCCAGAAGUAAUCUAUUGUAUGCCUCAGUGUGUGUUCUCAAUGGACUUUGUUUAUGAAGAUUUUAGUGAUGUUGAUUAUAUUGAUAGUUGUGGUAAUUGUAUGACAAUUGCAAGUGCCCUCAUGCCGGUUGUUAUUUUGGAACUAUAGACAUAAUUAAUGUGUGCUAGACGAAUUGAUUUUCUGUGCUGGAUCCAUACAUUUAUACAAGGAGGCAGGUUUGUUUCUGAAUGUGAC